AUGAAAAAGGGGGACGAAGCAGGGGUCUGGGACGCCGAUUGCGAACUGACGUUCGCUGCUGUAAAGAAUUUGUUGACCAACCAUCCUGUAAUGAACCGACCCCUCCCAAAUACUGAACUGCAAAUCUACCUGGGGGUCUCUUAUGAAGUUAUCAGCGCAGCCCUGGUUCAGGACGCCAGUGAACCCCGCCUGAUAUACUUCGUUAGUAGAGUGCUUCAACCCGCCGAAACCCGGUAUCAGCUGGUCGAGAAGGUUGCCCUAGCUCUUCUCCACGCUUCGAGGAGGCUCCACCCAUACUUCCAGAGCCAUCAGGUGGUUGUGAAAAUCGACCACCCCGUAUCCAAGAUCUUGAGGAAGCCCGAUAUAGCUGGGAGGAUGGCCCAAUCUCCCGAAGGUUGGAGCCUUUACGUAGAUGGGGCAGCCGGGCGGGCAAGUGCCGGAGCCGGGGUGGUAUUAGAAGGACCAGGUGGAUUCCUCAUCGAGCAGUCACUUGUGUUCAAGUUUAAAGCUUUCAAUAACCAGGCCAAGUACGAGGCCUUAAUCGCCGGACUCGCCCUGGCCUUAGAUAUGGGAGCCCAGUCCCUCACGUGUAGAACCGAUUCCCAACUGGUUGUCGGACAGAUGAUGGGAGAGUUUCAAGUUAAAGAUGACCAACUGUUGAGGUAUUUCCACAAAGCUAGCACAAUAGCCAAGAAUUUCCAGCCCUUCAUUAUAAAGCAUAUACCGCGAGAGGAGAACGCCCGGGCGGACAUGUUGUCGAAGCUUAGCGCCGGCAAGGAGAAAGGGCAACUGACUACGGUCAUCCGACAGGUUUUGACGGAGCCGUCCGUGGAAUGCAUGGCGUUGGGGGCACCUGUCGGCGAUGAUUGGCGUGCUGAAAUUAUGAAGAUGAUGGUGGACCAAGACCAGGGGGUCAGCUUGAAGCCGGUAGAAGCCAGAAGGCUGGCCCGGUACGUCACCAUAGGCGGAGACCUUUACCGGAGGGGGUUCUCUGUCCCCUUGCUGAAAUGCGUGAGUCCGGACCAGGCGGCGUAUGUCUUGAACGAACUCCACAAUGGAAUCUGCGGGUUGCACACUAGAGCAAGGACGUUACGGGCGAGGGCCCUCAGAGCCGGAUACUAUUGGCCGACAAUGGAAAACGACGCCAAAGCGUUCACGGCAAAGUGCGAACGAUGCCAAGCCCACGCAAACAUACCGCACGCCUCCCCAGUUGAACUGCGAACUAUCGUCUCGCCUUGGCCGUUCGCCAAGUGGGGCAUGGAUAUUGUCGGCCCCUUUCCCCCUGGCCGAGCACAGAAGAAGUUUAUACUCGUCGCAGUAGACUACUUCACGAAGUGGGUGAAGGCAGAGCCCUUAGCCACAAUUUCCGCCCGGCAGGUGCAGAGUUUUUUCUGGAAGAUAAUAUGCCGGUUUGGACUCCCACAGACGAUCGUAACCGACAAUGGCCGUCAGUUCAUCGACAAGAAACUGCAAACGUUUUUUCAAGGGUUGGGGAUCAAACACAUCACCAGUUCGGUCGAACACCCCUAG